AAGUAAUCUCUAACUUCUCCUGGUUCAAUAUUUGCAUACACACCACCUUUACAACAAAAAAGAACACCCAAAACUCCGACAAUAUGGUGACAAUGGGGCGAACCUUAACCAGCUUGUUAUUUCUGUUUUCGAGCAUAGUCUCUUUGGCAUAUGCAAAAACUCACUAUCAUGACUUCGUCGUUCAAGAAACGAAAGUGACACGCCUGUGCAAAACCCAGACUGUUAUGACGGUGAAUGGGCAAUUACCAGGACCGACCUUGGAAGUGAACAAUGGUGAUAGUUUGGUGAUAAAUGUCGUCAAUAGAGCUAAAGAUAACGUUACCAUUCAUUGGCACGGUGUUAGGCAAAUAACAACAGCAUGGGCAGAUGGACCCGAGUUCAUCACUCAAUGUCCGAUUAGACCAGGAGGGAGUUACACGUACAGGUUCACAAUUUCAGGGCAAGAAGGAACGCUAUGGUGGCAUGCACAUAGCUCGUGGGUCAGAGCCACUGUUUAUGGUGCUCUUGUUAUUCGCCCUAAACAAGGAGAUUCAUAUCCGUUUCAGAAGCCAAAACGUGAAUCAGUCGUGGUUCUUGGUGAAUGGUGGAAUGCUAACCCGCUCAAUGUUAUAAGGGAAGCCAUGAGAACAGGAGGAGGUCCGAAUAUUUCUGAUGCGUUUACCAUCAAUGGUCAACCUGGCGAUCUCUAUAACUGCUCCAGCAAAGAUACUGUCAUAGUUCCAGUGGAUUCAGGAGAGACGAACCUGAUGAGGGUGAUCAAUGCCGGUUUAAAUCAACAGCUUUUCUUCACGAUAGCUAACCACAAGUUCACCGUCGUGGGGGCGGAUGCAUCAUACGUGAAACCCUUCACCACUUCGGUGCUCAUGCUCGGACCUGGCCAAACCACUGAUGUACUCAUCAAAGCCGACCAGCCACCAGCUCGAUACUACAUUGCCGGACGAGCUUACGCCAGUGCACAAGGAGUUCCAUUCGACAACACUACCACAACCGCCAUUUUGGAGUACAAAACCGCCCCAUGUCCGGCAAAGGGUGUGUCUUCAAAGCCCGUUAUGCCCUCUCUCCCAGCUUAUAAUGACACCGCCACCGCCACCGUCUUCAGCACCAGUUUCCGGAGCCCGAAAAAAGUGGAGGUUCCUACUGACAUCGACGUCAAUAUGUUUAUUACUGCCGGCCUUGGAAUACUUCAAUGCCCACCUACAGCGCCGGCCAGUACGUGUCAGGCUCCAAACAGGACGCGAUUCACUGCGAGCAUGAACAACGUAUCUUUUGUGCUCCCAUCCAAUUUCACCAUCCUCCAAGCACAUCACCUCGGCGUUCCCGGAGUUUUCACCACUGACUUUCCGGCGAACCCUCCGGUGACCUUUGAUUACACUGGUAAUGUACCCCAGUCUCUAUGGCAACCUAUACGAGGCACCAAGGUCUACAAGUUAAAAUAUGGAGCAACGGUGCAGAUUGUGUUGCAAGGUACUAACAUCUCCACGGCCGAGAACCACCCAAUCCAUCUUCAUGGAUAUGAUUUCUACAUAAUCGCAGAAGGAUUUGGAAACUUCAAUCCGGCAACCGACACAUCUAAAUUCAACCUCGUGGAUCCACCUCUAAGAAAUACCGCUAGUUUACCGGUCAGUGGGUGGGCAGUCAUUAGAUUUGUUGCUGAUAAUCCAGGUUCCUGGAUUAUGCACUGUCACUUGGAUGUUCACAUCGGGUGGGGUUUGGCAACCGUGUUGUUAGUAGAAGAUGGGCUGGAAGUAUCGCAGAAAUUACAGAAACCACCAGCAGACUUACCCGUCUGUUAAAUUAAAUUAUAGCAUUCUCAAGAAUAUUAAUUUGUUGUAUUGCCCCACAUUGGGGAAUAGUUGGGAUACUCUCAUUUUGUUUUUCAUUUUGUUUUUCUUUUGUUAAUUAUGGCAUUUCUAGAGCCAGCUUCACCAACGGAAGAAGGUGAAGAGCUUAGAAUAUACGAAGCAUAUUGUAUUUUAGAUUCAAAGACGAUCAAACAUAUUCACAUAUAUACCUAUGUACCUUGUUUCGAAUGCAAUAAGAUCAUCAUUAUUUCGGU